AUGGCGUUGGAAUCGCGCCCAAGCAGGUAAACGCCAAUGGCGCCAUCUGACGCCCGCGUCCACCUCAGGGCAACUGCUCCAGAGAUGCUUACCUCCGGAUCCCAUUCCUCGGAUGUGCCUCCUAAGCGGAAUCACCAUCUCCACCGCCGCCAUCGCCUUCGCAGCCGCCGUCGCGUCGUGAAGUACCGACCUUUCCCCGCCCCCGACGCUCCCCCGCCGAGGUCGAAGCUUUGGGACGCAGAUAGGUCCUCCGAAGCCGACGUCGUGCUCGCCGCAGGUGGAGCGAGUCACCGGAAGGGCGGGGAUGGCGUCCGACGGGCCGCGCCGGUGGUUUCGGUGCGGCGGCUCGCUGCUGCUCUGUGGCAUUUUCGUCCCUUGGGUGCUGGGGAUGUUGGAAGGAGCGCUCGGCUAGGGUUUACGGCAGAAGUUUCGUCGUCAUUACCCUCUUGUACAAUGGUGAAGGCAAAAAAGUGGGACUCCAGACCCUUAAAUGUGAUAGAGGAUAUCUGCCAAUGCUAUGGUCACCUGAGGCUUCUCGAAGACCAGCAGGUAAAUGGCAUCUCCGUUAUGUCUGCCCUCCAACUGGAGCUAGAACAGGCUCGUAGCUACAUCAUUGAGCUUGAGUCUAAGCAACGGUCAGCAAAGAAAAAGCUCAAUCACUUCUUGAAGAGCCUUGCAGUAGAGAAGGCAUCAUGGAGGAACAGAGAACAUGAGCAAGUCCGCAGCAUAAUUGAAGCCGUCAAGUGUAAUCUUAGCAAAGAAAGGAAAAACAGAAAAUGGUUGGAAGUUGUGAAUGCCAAGCUGGUUGAUGAACUCGCUGAGGUAAAGUUGUUAACUAAGAGGUACUUGCUUGAUUUUGAGGAGGAGAGGAAGGUAUGCGAGCUUAUGGAGGAAGUACAUGAUGAACUGGCCAAGGAGAUCGGUGAAGGCAAAGCUGAAGUUGAAGCUUUGAAGAGGGAGUCUGUGAAACUUCAAGAGGCAAUGGACGAAGAGCGGAGGAUGUUGCAGAUGGCAGAAGUUUGGCGUGAAGAUAGGGUACAAAUGAAGUUGGUAGAUGCAAAGCUCAUGCUUGAGGAGAAGUAUCUGCAGUUGUGCAACCUCCAAGCAGAUAUGGAGGCAUUUCUGAAAGUGCAAGGUGGUAUCGACAAAGAUAUGGCGAUGAUGAAAGAAGCAGAGAUGCUUAAAGAUGUUUUGAGCUCAAUUAAAGUUGAAGGUAUCGAGUUCUACUACCAGCCUCCUGCUUCUGGGGGCAUGUCUGUCUUUGAAGAACUCCAGCCAAUAGAAGAGACUAAUGGGCGGGACAUAGGACAAUGCUAUGGAUACAGCCCUGCAAGUCAUGCCUCCAGAAUUCAUACUGUCAGCCCGGAAACUGAUUUGUUUCUUCAAAACUCAGUGAACUUUGCUAAUGGAACGGUCAAUGGGUGUAGUGAUGUAGAAGAUGAUAGUGGCUGGGAAACUGUGAGCCAGCAUGUGGGGCAGGCUUCUUGUAAUUCUCCAGAAGGGAGUGACCCAUCUGUGAAUUGCAUCUGUGAAGAAAGUUAUGGAUCGGUAAGAGGAACAUAUUGGGAUGAGCAAGGAGACAAUGUCAAGAUAAACAGUGGAAUCAGUGAAAUUUGCUCGACAACCACAAGACAGCAUAGGAAGAAGUUAUCUUCUAUAAGUAGGUUUUGGAGGUCGUCAUCUGCAACUAAAGGUGAUAGCAAGAACGUUUCUGUAGAAUUAUCUAACGGAAGGUUCUCAAAUUGUAGGACGCCAAAUGCCACCCUUUCUUCCGAUGCCAAGUCUGAUGAAGUGGGCCAAAGCUCCCCAAGUGUGGGGCUGUGUUCCCCCGAUUUGUUAGACCCUCGUGUUACACCGGGAACGAAAGGAUGUACCGAAUGGCCUAGAGGAACUCAGAAGAACAUUGAAGAUAUGCGCCCCCGUGAUCAUGCCAGGCUAAUUCUGGGCUGUUAUUUGGUACCAGAGACAAGUACUCAAGUUUCGUAAUGUUAAUCUUGAAGGAUGGUUUUCUCACCAAUCUGGACCGAAAGCAGAGUUUGCUGGAAACUUGCAUUCGUUGCCAAUUCAUGUUUCUCUGUUCCCCAACUAUGGUCAGGAUCACGAACACAAUGUACAGUGAUAGUGGUCUCAUUUUAUACAAUCAACCAGGUCAGAAUUUUCUCAAAUGCGAUGAAUAUAUCGAUAGUUGUAAAUGUCAUUGUUCGAUGCUUUAUCAUCUGUAGACCCGAGCAAUAAUAGAUCAUCCACUGGGUCUUACUUUGUGCUGUACAUGUCUGUGAGGUGGAUUCAUUUGGGGAAUGUGAAGCAGUCUUUGCUUCUAUAUUCAUGUAAUAAAAUCAUCAUCAAAGU